AUGUCCCAAUGCCACAACUUACCAAGCUUCGUCAAUGUUGUCCUACAGCAGGGUUGUUUGCUGGAAAGGAGCUCCCUAAGAGGCGAAAUCCAAAGCUUGAAGAAUCGAAUAGACUUUGCACAUUACUAUCAGCUUUAUGCCGCCGCCUCCAAUGAUACCCGGAAAGGCGCUGACUCUCCCUUCUUGGCUUGGAUGCGGGAGUGGUACCGACGACGUGACAGGUCACUGUCCCUAGCGAUGGGCCAAGGCAAGGGUGCGUCUACAGUGGUCAAGGAUUGUCUUAUCGACCUCCAUCUCUCUGAUUCAAGAUUUAAGGGUGUGCCCCCGCGAAACAUGAGCUGCAGGGUUGAAAAUGGCGUGCCGUCAGUGGAUUUUGGUCCGAGCUAA